AGAGGGCUUCGUCAGAGAGAAUAAUGACCAAUGACCCCCUCGCUUUCUCUUCCCCCAAAAUGAAAACGCAACUUCAAUCUCAACCUAAACCCAAAAACAAGCGUUUUCUCCAAACCCAAACAAAACCCAUUUCUUCUUCUUCUCCAUCAAUUUCCCCAAAUCAAUUUCCCCUUUUUCCCUUUGGAUCUGAAGUUGAAGUUACCUCCGACGAAGAAGGUUUUACAGGUGCUUGGUAUUUAGCUACUGUUCUUCAACCUCCAUCUUUAUCAUCUUCUUCUGCGCGAAAGGUUUUGGUGGAGUAUAAGAAUUUGUUGUCGGAUGAAAAUGGGUCUGCACUUUUACAGGAAUUUGUAGAUAUUGAAUUUGUUAGACCUAAACCUCCGAUUGAUGAAAAUGAUAAGGUUUCUUUCCAAAUAAACGACGUCGUUGAUGCGUUUUAUCAAGAUGGGUGGUGGUCUGGUGUUGUUACUCAACUUGUUUCAGAUACUAAGUUUAGGGUUUUCUUCUCUAACCCUCCUGAUGAGAUGGAAUUUGAUUCUUCUGAUUUGCGUAUUCAUAAGGAUUGGGUCCAUGGCAAAUGGGUUUUACCCCCAAAUCAGAGAAUGAGGGAUUUGAAUUUUAGCCCAGGGACAGCUGUAGAAGUGAACAUUGAUCCAGAUAACUCUUCUGAUGUCUGGUUCCCUGCAACUAUCAUUAAACAAGUUGCUAAUAACUCCUUCUUGGUGGAGUAUCAAAGCUCAAAGGAAGCUGGACUUCAGAAAGUAUCCGUAGAUUCUUUUCAUAUUAAACCUUCACCUCCUAGUUCGAGUAAUAAAACGUUUAAUUUGUUGGAAAAAGUGGACGCAUUUUACGAUUGUCGUUGGUUGAGUGGAGUGGUGACCAAAAUUCUUGCAGACGGAAGGUACAUAGUCUACUUUAAGCGCACAAAAAAGGAGAAGGAGCUAUCUCAUGCAGAUUUGAGGCUCCACAUGGAGUGGAAUAAUGGCAAGUGGAUUCUUUCUUCCCAGGAUACCUCGAUGAUGUCAGAUUCUGAAAAGCGUUUAAGGCAUGUUGUUAAUGGUGGUAACAAGGAGAAGACCCGUGCCUCAUCUGAAGCUUCAGAUGCUAUGAAAAACAAUGAUCAAGAUAGAACAUCUUCCCUAACUCUUGAGAGUUGUCAGAAAGAGUUGCAUACGCCUGUCAACGAAAAGGAUAAUUACAGUAGCAUAAAACCUAGUAACAAGAGAAUGAAGCAGACAAGUGCUAAUGGCGAUGCUAGUUAUUCCAGGCCUUCAAGAAGAUUAAGUGAAAAGCCUGCAUCUGGUGUGCCAUUAUCUCCUGAAACAAGCAAAUCAAAGAUGAAACAAAUUGAAAGAUCAAAUUAUGGAACGUCAGAUCUUGACUCUUCAAAACCUGAUCACCCUGUGCAGUCAAAUUUGAAACACUCUGAAGAUAGCAGUCAGCCUUCUGAUCCUAUGGAGAUCAAGGAGGACUAUGAGAACCAUUCUGCCUCAAGAAAGAGGGGAAGACCACCGAAACUACGGGCCCUGCUGUCAGCGGACGUACCUGGUGAUACCGUUGACCAAACCCCAACUACAAGUGAUGUGGUCACACCAUAUAGACCUGUAGUCCAAGCGUUGACACAUAAUGGCAAGAUGAUUGACUCACUUGGGGAAAGUUCAAGUCAGCAUUUGAAUUCAGAGCAUAAGAGGGCUGUGGGGGAUGAAGAGAAAGACGUGGAUGAUCAAGAAAGCUUAGUAAGCAAUGGGAGUGAGCAGCAGAAAGACGGUGAAGUCACCAAUCUGAAGAGGAAGAGAGGCCGACCGCCUAAAGUGUUGUUUCUUCUUGGUAGUCCAAAGACUAAAGAAGCUGAAUCUGUGGUGGAGGAGGAAAAGAAUGAUGCUUCUGAUGCCAAAGAUGAUGAUGAAAGACUCUCUCCAACAGCAGAAGUUGAAAAGCCUGUUGCUAUCACUGAGCCUUCUUUGAUUAACGACUCAGUACCUAUUGAUAGUAGUAUAAAACGUGUGAUGAAAAUUAGCAAUCAAAUAGAGCGACUGAGUGACGUACGUAGGCUGAGUACGAGAGGUACUUCAAGGAGGAAAGCAAGAAAACCGCGGAGUGUCUCAACAGAUUCAGUUAUGGUGGAUAUACAAGAACCAAUAAAACCUGUUAUUUUGAGGAAAGGAAAGAAACAGAAAUCAAUAAAACAGUUUGAAUCUCAAAUUGAAGAUGCUGUAGAUAACUCUAGAAUUAGAGCCAUUGAUGUUUUCAACGAUCGAGUAGCCAGAGAUGCUAGAAUGUCAAGCAAUGCUUCUGAUGAUGAUAGGCCAUUGUCAGCCUGGUUUGAAGGAGCACACUCUCCUCCCACAACUGAUGCAAGAAUAUCUCCAGGUGAGGCUGUUGGUCAGUUUGGUGAAAGUGAAGAAGAAGAAGAAACUAAGACAGCACCUGCCGUUCAAUUGAAAGAGAAGGAGCAAAAUAAAAGGGAGUGUACCGCAGCUGAAAAUGUCAGCCAAGACAAAGAUAAGAAUACUCCUGAUAGACCAGAUGAGAUGCCAUUACAAUCACAGUCCACUGCAAUUGUUCCCGUGGAUGAACGAGAAUUACCCUUUGUGAAGAUUUCUCCUAUUUGGGGACUGAUCGAGUCCAUGGAAGUUAUGAGGCGGAUUCCUCAAAAACCACAUUUUCGCCCUUUAUAUAAUUGCAAGGAAGAAUGUCGUGAAGGAUUAGCCAUAGGUAGCAUGGUAACUUUCACCAGUUUAGUGGAGAAAUUAUCAAAGGCUUCUUUUGAUGACCCGAAAAGUCUGUUGGAUGGGUAUCUGGAAGCUCUUGUUGACUUGGAAGAACUAGGUUUCAAUGUAGUACCGGUGAGAGAGCAGUUAAAUAUGCUAAUAUCCAUAAAGGCCAGGUAUGAGCAAGCUCAAAGUACAUCUAAAGAGAUUGAUAGCCAGAUCACGGAGCGCAAUCUUGAGAAAUCCAAGAUCAUCGAGGAGAUUGCAGAGGUAGACAAGAAGGUAGCAGAGCUAAUGAUGAAACGGGCCGUAAUCUUGUCAAAGAAAGAGAAAAAGGAUGCCGAGAUUACAUUGCUGCAAUAUAGUGUUGAUGCUGCCAAGGAUUCCCUUGAAAGCGCUGAACAGGAAUUUGAGAAAGUAGCUUCUUCACUUAGGUAACUGUAGUUGCUUGUAUACAUCUUUGUAACUCUUGCUGUGUGUACAGAUAUCAGCGGGUUUCAGAUUGUUUGAAACAAACUAACUGUUGUAUUGCCAAAGUCAGAGUAGGUUUAGGAAAUACUUUUUAGCCAAGGCUAACAAAACUGAGCUUUUUCCUUAAAGAGUGAGGGUUUCAUUUAUCCUUCGGCAAACUUCAGGCAGCCAUUUUUUUUACCAA